AUGAAUCCCGCCACUAGACGACAACAAACUUUCCCUCUCUCCAUCAUUCAAAACCUUUUACUCGAUAGGAUGAAGAAAAGAGUCAUUGACACCCCUCCUAAGUUUGGUUUUGGUAAAGACAAACUCAUUGGCACUUACAAGCCCGUUUUUCUAACUAAGUCAUCUGGUUUUGGUUUUGACAAUGUUACCACGUGCGAAGUUUUCGAUUUUAUCACUCAACUCUGGAGGUAUGUUCACCCUGCUUUUCCUUUAACCACUAAUCCUCACACUGAUCCCGUUUAUUUAGAUGGCUCCCUUUAUUGGCUCACCGAUGUGAACGAACCAAGGUUUUGUCUUUUGAUCUUCACACUGAAACUUUUCAUGUCAUCUGUAAUGCUCCCUUUCCCCAUGUUCUUGACCCUUUCAGCGUCACCAUAUGUGUCCUCGACGGUCGCCUUUGCGUUUCCAAAAAAGACUGGCCUACUACACAAGACAUAUGGUCCUUCCAAUAUUCCAACAAGACAUGGAAGAAAAUGUGUUCCAUUGAUCUCACUAAAAAAAAAUGUGUUCCGUUGA